AAGAGUCGUGUUUUAGUUGCAGACGGUAAACGGACCUUUUACGACGCAGCCGCUUUUUAGAGUGGAGAUUCAGGAAGUGGCUGUGGCCCCUCGCGCGCCCCCACCGCCUCCAUCACCUCACAGAAGCAUCACUCAACUCCGGCGCUGCUUCCAUUAACAAUCGCGGGACGGUUCCGAGUCGGUUCUUCAGGGACAGUGCAGACAGAUGAACUCUUUUUACGAGCAGAAAGAUCCGGAGGAGCUGAGCGGCGUCAAUGGCACCGGCGGGGAACUGGACUUCACGUACCUGUACGAGUACGAGUCGCCGAGCAGCCACUGUGUGGCCGCGGGUCAAGAUGAGCACGACCUUGAUCCCCACAAAGUCCACCUCGGCCCUGAGGCGGAGCAGGUGUACCCUCUGGACCCGGCCUCGCUGUACGGCCUCAAGUCCCCCUACACAGAGGUCCUGCCGGGGUUCGAGAACCAGGAGCUGGGGAGCUACCUGGACCCCACCCACCCAGCGGGUCUGACCCCAAGCCCUCGUAUCGAGAUCACCCCCUCGCGGGAGCACUACCACCACAGCCGGGAGUCCCAGCCGAGCCACCAUCUGAACCUCAGCCCCGGGCCCACCCUGACCGUGCCGGGCCACGAGAACCUGCCCUACCGCGAGCAGUGCCUGAGCCCCGCCAGCAGCAACUCCUCCACCAGCUGGCACUCGGAGAGCCCCUGGGCCUCGCCCUGCGUGUCCCCCAGCAGCGCCCAGAACCCUGGAGAGCUCUGCCCCCGGCUGCAGAACAUUCACACUGGCUCGCCACGCACCUCCCCGGGCACCUCCCCCCACACUAGCCUAGGCGAGGACGGCUGCCUGGGACCACGCUCUCCCUCCCCUCGGCCCGGCUCGCGCUCCACCUCCCCGCAGGGCAAGCGCACCUACGACAUGUACAGGAAUCCAGCUCUAGUUUCCGGCCGCUCCCGCAGCCCGUCCCCUCACAAGGACCACCACAUGGGGGCCCACUUCACACACAGCAGCCAUUCUGACGGCAUGAACGGGUUCGGCACGGGUCAGCCGGGCCUGGUGCCCACCAAGAUAGUCAAGCCGUCCAGCCAGGUUUACACAGGUCACAUGGACGGGAACUACUUGGUGUCGUGUGACCAGGACAUCAAAAGCAAACCUGCUCCCGAAUCCUUCUUCGUGAUCCCUCAAAUCUGGUCCAAGCCUCUGGUGCCCAGCCUCUGCAGCAUCCCGGUGGCGUCCCUGCCGCCGCUGGAGUGGCCCAUCCCCAGUCGCACCGAGCAGUACCAGCUCCACAUCGAGGUGCAGCCCAAGCCACAUCACAGGGCCCACUACGAGACCGAGGGCAGCCGGGGGGCCGUGAAGGCCCACACUGGAGGACACCCCGUGGUGCAGCUUCACGGCUACCGCGGCAAAGAGCCGCUCGGCCUACAGAUCUUCAUCGGCACGGCGGAUGAGCGCAUCCUCAAGCCGCACGCCUUCUACCAGGUGCACCGCAUCACCGGCAAGACCGUCACCACCACCAGCUACGAGAAGGUGGUCAACGGCACCAAGGUGCUGGAGAUCCCGCUGGAGCCCAAGAACAACAUGAAAGCCAUAAUCGACUGCGCCGGGAUCCUGAAGCUGAGGAACGCCGACAUCGAGCUAAGGAAGGGCGAGACAGACGUGGGCCGCAAAAACACGCGAGUCCGUCUGGUGUUCCGCGUCCACAUCCCGCUGGCCAACGGCCAGCACGUCUCCCUGCAGGUGGCAUCGCAUCCCAUCGAAUGCUCCCAGCGGUCGGCACACGAGCUCCCCCUGGUGGAGAAGCAGGACACGGACUGCUGCUCGGUCCUGGGAGGACAGCAGAUGAUCCUAACGGGUCAGAACUUCAGCUCUGACUCCAAAGUGGUGUUUAUGGAGAAAAGUCCAGAGGGGCAGCAGAUCUGGGAGGUGGAAGCCACCGUGGACAAAGAUAAGAGCCAGCCGAGCCUUCUGUUUGUGGAAGUCCCGUCCUACAGAGACGUUUCCGUCUGUCAACCCGUCAAAGUCAACUUCUUCGUCAUCAACGGGAAGAGGAAGCGCAGCCAAGCGCAGCACUUCACCUUCACGCCGCUGCCAUCGCCAUCCAUCAAGACGGAGCCGGUAGACGAGUAUGAGGCCGAGCACAUGGGCUUCGCCAUGUCCCACAUCCUGGGCUCGCCCCCUCACUCCUACUACCGCAGCUCCCUGCACCCCGACUCGGGCCCGCUGGGCGGCAUGUCCUCCUGCCAGCGCCUUAGCUCCAGCCUGCCCAACCAGGACCUGCGCUUCCAGCAGCAGAGUCCCGCCAUCGUCUUCUCCCGCGGCGGCCGCAGCCUCAGCAGCAGUCCUGCCGGCUACCAGGGCUUGACUCAGGAGCAACACCGCUCAGUCCUGGUCCACACUGGCUCCCUGGCCAACCAGCACUCCUCCAUCAUCCACUUCUCUGCCACGAGCCAGAUGGACCACAACCAAGUCAUGUACUGCGACAGUUUCGCCUCAGCCGUGCCCCAGCAGAAGGGCCGAGUCACCGUGAAGGAGGAGAACCUGGACCAGGUCGACCUCGAUGAUGGUGAGUUGAACGAGAUCAUCACCAAGGAUCUGACCUGCGUCCAGGCCGGCGAGCGGACUUAGGAGUGACCAGGGUGUCUCCCUCAGAGUGAUCAAACCCACCUGUGCCUUCCCCAGCAACAGCUGCUGUCCUGCCCAGGAACCUGCUCCUGGUUUCUGCUUUGUUCCUUAACUUUUGAUGUUUUUGUCAAGUCAACACAAAUUCCUAUGUGGCUUCAUCUGACUCCAACCGUCGAAGAUGAGGUCCAGGCAGCUCUGCACUCCAGCGCUGUCUGUCUGCUUUUCUGAACAUCCAAAGACUUUCCUGCUCCAGCCACCAAAGUGUCUUCAGUUCCAAGAUCCGGAUCUCGGCAGCUGGCGUCAAUAACCGACCGAGCGAGAACCACAUGAGCCAGUCUUGAAUGUAACAUCUGUAAAUAUCGUCUCCACGUGACUUUCAUACCAGCAGUAAUCAUCAUGAAUAAACCAGUUAACUCACUUGUGUGUGUGGGUGUGUGACUCCCGAGUCAGAGCUCAUGACACGUGUCAGUCGAGGCGCCAUGUUUGUUUACUUGCAGU